AUGGGUCAUAUGGAAUUAUCAUCACCGGACAUUCAUAAGCCUACGUAUUACCUGCCACAUCAUCCAGUGUUUAAGACGGACAGCACCACUACAAAGAUGCGCGUUGUAUUUGAUGGCUCUGCGGCAUCCAAGUCAGGACUGUCACUGAAUGACAUUAUGCUCAGGGGCCCGAAAAUGCAACCAGAUAUUUUUAACAUAUUGUUGCGUUUUCGAUUACAUCGCAUUGCUUUAACUGCUGAUGUGGAAAAAAUGUACCGACAGGUGCUAGUGUCCGAUGAAGACUGUGAUUUGCAGCGCAUUGUAUAUCGUUCGCAACCUGAAGAACCACUAAGGCAUUAUAAACUCAAGACAGUCACAUAUGGAACAAAAUCAGCCUCUUUCCUGGCUACACGCUGUCUCCAUGAGCUUGGUGCGCUCAUUGAAAACACACCCAUAGGCAGAAUCAUAUGUCAGGAUUUCUAUGUAGAUGACCUGAUAAGUGGGGGUGACACUGAUGAAGAAUGUUUUGAUAUCCAUAAACAAGUUCACUCAAUCCUUGGUACUGCUGGAUUUCCGUUGCGUAAAUGGUGUUCAAGUUCGUCAACCCUCCUUAACAGCCUUCCACAUAAUCAGAAGGAUCCAAACUUCAUGAUAAAUCUUACUGAAACUGAGGUGUUGAGCGCGUUGGGACUUCUUUGGCAACCAUCUAUAGAUAGCUUUCGGUUUGCAAUGAAAAACUGGAAUGCUCCUCAACACAUAAGUAAGCGCACACUCCUAUCAGAUAUAAAUAGUGUCUAUGAUCCGCUUGGACUAUUAUCAUCAGUGUUGAUUAAAGGCAAGAUUUUUAUCCAGCAAGUAUGGAGUCUUAAAGUAGGUUGGGAUGACAUUUUAUCAGAAGAGAUAAGAUCAAAAUGGUUAAAAUUUUAUUCAAGUUUGGUUGCACUCAAUGGAUUGAUUAUACCAAGACUAGCAUUACUACCUGAGUCAGACAGUUAUGAACUUCAUGGUUUCUGCGAUGCAUCCCAACAUGCCUACGGUGCUUGCAUUUACAUUCGAUCCAGUAAGCAAGAUGGUGAUGCUGAAGUUAAAUUGUUUACGGCUAGAUCUCGGGUUGCGCCAAUUAAAACCACCACUAUUCCCCGUCUGGAGUUGUGUGGCGCGUUAUUGCUGUCAGAGUUAGUAAACGAGAUUAAAGAUGAAUUUUCAAAUAUAAACAUUAAAUUUUCUACAGAAAACAUACACAUGUGGACAGAUUCAACUAUUGUUCUUGCAUGGUUAAAUAGUCUAAAACCACUUCAAGUUUAUGUUGCCAACAGAGUUGCCCAAAUCAAUGAGCUCUCAUGUGAAAUUCAAUGGCAUCACACACCCACAGCUGAUAAUCCUGCAGACCUCAUAUCCAGAGGAGUUGAUGUUGGGACUAUGGUCUCAUCCGAGUUAUGGUGGCAAGGGCCAAAGUGGCUCAAGAAGGAAAGGUCCUGUUGGCCUGACACACCAAUUUUGCCAUCGGAGAUACCUGAGAUACGCAAAGUCAAAUUAAUCUUAGCAACCACGAAUAAAGAACCUUUCUGGCUGUUGAAGAAGUAUUCUACGUGGUCCAAAUUGUUAAGAACAACAGCUUUAGUUCAACGUUUUGUUUCUAAUUGCAAAGCCAAACAGUUAAACCAUGAGCGGUGCAAUGGGUUCAUUUCUGUGGAUGAAAUGAAUAAAGCCAGAAGUUUUUGGUUAAUGCAAGCUCAGUCUGAGUCAAUGUCAAACGAAAUAGCAGAUUUGCGUUCUGGUAAGAUGGUCCAUCGUGGAAGUUGUUUAAAAGCCUUAAACCCAUUCAUUGACGAUCAGGGAUUGGUCAGAGUAGGAGGACGGCUUGCUUAUGCUCCUGGCCAAUACAAUACAAAGCAUCCUAUUGUUCUACCGUCAAAAUCAUUGAUUACCAAGCUAAUUUUUAAUUAUGAGCAUAUUCGGCUCAUGCAUGCAGGACCACAGGCAUUGCUCGCCCACAUAACACUGAACUAUUGGCCAAUCCGGGGAAGACAGAUUGCAGCACAAAUCGUCCGAAAAUGUGUAACCUGUUUCCGAGCGAGCCCUCAAUUUACUCCACCAUUAAUGGCGCCUCUGCCCAGCGUACGCGUUACUAUUGCUCGACCAUUUGCCAAUAGUGGAGUAGAUCUGUGUGGCCCAAUAUUCGUUCGCAGUGGGCUGAGAAAGGUAUCACCGACAAAAAGUUAUAUUUGUGUGUUUAUCUGCAUGGUUACUCGUGCCAUCCAUUUAGAAUUAGUGUCAUCACUGUCUACUGAAGAUUUUUUGGCUGCACUAUCUCGUUUUAUGUCACGGAGAGGUCAAUGUACGGACCUUCACAGCGACAACGGCACAAACUUUGUAGGUGCAGACCGUACACUCAAAACAUAUUUCAAGGCAACUGUAAACAGCAAUAAAGUACAUGAUUUUCUUACUAUGCGAGAAAUUAAGUGGCACUUUAUACCACCUGCUUCCCCACACUUUGGAGGGUUGUGGGAGAGUGCAGUCAAGUCAGCUAAAAAGCAUCUUCUUCGAGUGUCGAAGGGAGUGUUGCUAACAUUUGAUGAAACCAGAACUUUACUAUGUCAAAUUGAAGCUGCAUUAAACUCUCGGCCUCUAUCUCCACUUUCAUUAGAUCCCAACGACUUCAAUGCACUCACACCAGGGCACUUCUUAAUUGGUGGUCCACUCAUGCUACCACCUGAGCCCGAUGUAUCAUCCAUACCACAGAACCGCUUAAAACGAUAUUCACUUAUGAGGCAGCAAAUGCAGCUCUUCUGGAAGCGGUGGUCACAAGAAUAUUUGCCUCAACUCCACCGAAGAGGUAAAUGGACCAAGCCGAAUCGAAAUUUUUGUGUUGGUGAUCUUGCGGUCUUGCGUGACGACAACAUGCCACCCCUUAAAUGGCCAUUAGUCCGCGUAGCAGCAGUUCAUCCUGGGGCUGAUGGUGUUGUUAGGGCAGUGACCGUGCGAAAUUCCACUGGGUCUGAAUUUCGACGUCCAGCAAUCAAGUUAUCCCUACUACCCACCGAAAAGGAUCACGAUGAUGAAGAUUAG